CCCCCCCAAAAAUCACAAUCUGCCUUCGUCUUGCCUCAAAAUUUCCCCUUACGUACUGCAAAAAGCCACUUUUACUUGCAAUUCGAAGGGCGAGUCCAAUGAGCUUGUCGCUCCUCCAAGGUUAUUCUUCAGCAGAAGAAGAAGCACAAGAACAAGAACCCCACCAUGCCCAUCUCCAUUACCCUAACUCUUCCGGCGACGAUGAUGACGACGAAGACGAAGCCUCCGCCGCCCGUAACCAUUCGGUCCGUAGGAAGUCCUUCGUUGAACUCCCCCAACCCUCCUCUGUAUCCGGCCUUCCUUCCGCUCUCGAUGUAUUCUCCCAAGUUUCGGAACCGCCGGCAUUUCUGAACAAUAGCGUGGAGGAACAUGGUUCCGCUAAAGACGUGGAUCAGAAUGAAGGGAGGCGCGGCGGCCGCAGGAACCGCAAGGAGAAGAAAGACUUACCUCCCGGUGCUGUGGUUGAGGCCAAAGCCCAACUAGUUGGAAUCCAUGAGCGAGUAAGAAGUGAUAUUGAGGGUAGCCAACCUCCUGCAUCAACAGCUUCAAGCACAAUGCAAGGAAGCAAGCGCGUGGCCACUGCAGCCAAUCCUAAUGCAGAGGAUGCUGCUGACCUACUGAGGAUGUGCUUGCAAUGUGGAAUUCCCAAGACUUACUCGAAUGCAAGAGGAAUGGUCUGCCCAGUUUGUGGUGAUCGCCCACAUGAUGAUGCUAGCAAUGAGCCCAAGAAGAAGGGGUCUGUCAUCAAAGACAAGGAGAAGAGUAAGAGGAUGAAAGGCCAAUCAUCUCAUGCCACAUGGAAAAGUGAAACAGAGAUGCAACUUCGCCAGCAGUUUGAUUAGCGGAUUUCAUUCUUUACAGAUUUCCUUGGCAUGGUCAAGCAUUUUUUAUGUUAUGAAGGUAGGUACACUCAUGUAAUUAAUGGUGUUCUACGGGCUAGCAGUUUGAUAGGCGAAGGUCAGGUCCAUCAGGGAAUGUGCAUGUACAAUAUAUCUUAGUUUUUGUUUUAGGAUGUCUCGUGCUUUUGCUUUCUUAGUUCCUAGCCUUUAUGCAUGUUCUCCCUAUAGGGAAGAUUACAUGAUCUCUCCUACCUGAGGAUGACGAAAUUCCAUCAUGCAUGACAAUUUGGAAGACUAUGCAAUUUGUUUCUUUCAAGAUGGGAGGGCAUAAGUUGAGCCUAACCCUAUGCAUGUGUCUUAAAAUGAACUCAUAAAUUUAGAACCUGAGGUUUUUACGGGCAAACGUACUUUUCAA